AUGAAGCAGGCGUCGUUGCGCGAUUACACGGUCGUCUUUGAACAGGAGCGACAGGCGCUCGUCAAGGACCUCGAGACGAUGCGGAUGCAGCUCGUGCGGAAGGACGAGCAGCACAAGAAGGCGUCGGCGAUCACGAGCCAACAGACGGUCGCGCUCAAGAAGGAAGUGGCCGAGCUACUGAGCCAGAAAAGCCUUGUCGAAAAGGAGAGCGAGCUCUAUCAGCAAAAGUGCAAGGACCUCACGACGCUCCUUGAGACGUCGUACGACCAGCACGAAGAGGACCAGCUCAAAAUCGUCAAGCUCACCGAGACGAUGAAGCGACUAAAGAAGAAGUUUGACGAUGGUGUCGACAUGGCCAAGAAGGAAGCCAACGUCUCGGUCAUGAACUCGCACGAAGAGCGCAAGUCGCUCAAGGCCAACGCCGAGCGUCUGCGCUGCAAACUUAACACGGAGCGCAAGGAGUGGCUCGACGCCAAACAGGCGCUUACCGACCAGUGCGCCGAGCUCAAGACGCACGUCGAGUGCCUCGAGCGGGAGCUACGGGAAGCCCGCGUCCGGGAGAAAGCCCACCGACUCCACACCGAGCAAAUGCAAGCCGAACUGCGCCACGCAAAGCACGACGCAGCGUCCGCAGCCCAAGAGCUCCAGAUCCAAAAGCUCGCCAUCGACAAGUACAAGGCCGAGAUAUGCCGCGUCGUCGAGGACACGCGGAUCCAAGUGGAACGCGACUCGUCGAUCGGCGAGCGCCUCUUGAUGGCGCAGGAAGACAGCGUCUUGUACCUUCGCAGUCGGUCGCUGACGCUUGACGAGAACCGACGUCUGCAGCAGCAACUCUAUGCGCUGCACCAAAAAUACGAACGGCAAGCGCACAAGCACGACGAGGAGAAGGCGCAGGCAACGAUGCUCACGGAGGAGCUCAUAACGUUCAAGCGCGAGUCGCGUCGGCUCUCGGUCGUCCAGCAGGACGAAGCGUCCAAACAAAGGAAGCUGCUCGAGAUCGACCACCAGAAAAAAGUCCAACAACUCCAAAUGGCGUUUGAGCAUGAAAAGCACCAAGUCGAGCAGGAGGCCCAUCGGCGAUUGACGCUGCUUGAGAGCGCGAAGACGUCCCAGUUGGAGGAGGCGCGUCAGCGCGAAGCCAAUGCGCUCCACGAGACGCGCAUGCAGCUCGAGCAAGAAAAGCAGAGUGCGCUCAACAACGUUCAGCAGCUCUGUGAGACCACCCAAGCGCAAUUGCACACUGCAACCAAAGAGAAAGAAGUGCUGCACCUCGAGGUGCGCGAGCUUCAGCAUGCGCUCGAGCAGCACCGUGAAAAGGAGCGAAAGCUCAUUCAAAUCAUGGAGCACGCCCAGAAACUCAACUCGAAUUUGGAGGAAAAGUUGCAUGCGCAAGAGUGCAAGUACUAUGAUGCGCAAAAGCAGAUUGAUGACAUGGCGUCCAGCAUCAAGAGCCUCCAUGCGACGAUUCAAAACCAACGCGAGCUCAUGGAAGAGCUCGAGCGGUCGCGGCAAACCAAGACGGCCGAGCACACUCAAGACAUUUCGACACUGGAAAUGGAAAAAAUGGAGUUCUUGCGCCAAGUGACGCAGCUUCAAGAGCAACACUCGCAGGACCUUCUCGCGCUCGAGGUUCAAAAGCGCAACCACGAAAGCACAGUCAAGCAGCUCUCGACGGCGCAGCUCAGCGCCAACCGCCUCAUCGAGGAACAAGCCAAGACCAUCGAAGACCUAUUAGAGACGCGGAUGGCAGAGCCCUCGACGGGGUUUCCUACCGGUGUGUGCCACAACGCGCGCUGCGGCGAGCUCGCAGACGAGCUGCGGCGGCUUCAAGUCGGCGAGGGCGGAGAGUCGUAUGCUACGUUGCUCAAGCAAACCAACCACCAGCUACAGGCGCUGGAGCGAGAGAAGCAGAAGCUCCUGCGUGUCAUUGAAGACCAAGCGCUCACGAUCCAUGAGCUCACGAUUCAAGACUCGCCCAUCGAUGACGAAGAUGACGGCGGCAUUGGAGGAAAAGAGGUCCCAUACAACGAGGACGACGGGCUACGAAAGCCAUGGAAGCACAGCUCCGCGUCCUUGUCGCUGGACGACUUUUGA